CGCAAUGCGACACUGGAGGUGUUCACUCAACCAAUCAGGGAGAUCGUCUUACUUUUACCUGUCAAGGUGUCUUCCUUUGGCAUAUUUCAAGCUGUCAAUAUACCUUGGCCGAAAGCUAGGAAAUCCGAAAGGUAGCUGAAACAAAGACAUGACAGACCAGCUGACAGAGGAACAGAUCGCUGAGUUCAAGGAGGCCUUCUCCUUGUUCGACAAAGAUGGCGAUGGCAGUAUCACAACUUUGGAACUGGGUACUGUCAUGAAGUCGCUGGGUCAGAAUCCAACUCAAGCUGAACUUCAGGACAUGAUCAGUGAGGUAGACGCGGACGGAAACGGAACCAUAGAUUUCUCAGAGUUCAUCACCAUGAUGGCCCGGAAGAUGAAGGACACCGACACGGAAGAAGAGAUUAAAGAAGCAUUUCGGGUCUUCGACAAGGAUGGUAACGGUUUCAUCAGCGCCGCGGAGCUGCGUCACGUGAUGGCAAACCUGGGAGAGAAGCUGUCCGACCAGGAGGUGGAUGAGAUGAUCCGAGAGGCUGAUGUGGACGGAGAUGGACAGGUCAACUUCGAUGAGUUCGUGAAGAUGAUGAUGUCUAAAUAAAGCCAACUUCCUGUCAACUCGUCUACGGGGCUCAGAUAUUGCGAGGAUAUCAACUAAAUCAUACAGUAGUUGUUGUACAUGUCGCUAGUUGUCACCACUAUUCGUUCAAACGAACGAUCGCGAUGAUGUCACGAGCGGUUAGACGGCAAAAGAUUAAUGCACAUUUUAAUUUGGAAUCUGAUCUACUAAUCUAAAAUAUGAAGUAGCUAUAGCAUCUAAUCUGCUGACGCCUAGUAGGUACCAGGCGUAGAAUACACCGGAAGUAAACAAAAACGUACUCGUCAAUGGACUAAUCUAAAACCUCGCACACCUCCGUCGAAACGUAGACAUGCUGAAGAAUAGAAAAAAAA